CGGCAAACACUUCAUAUAUAAUUUUGUAUCUAUGUUGCAACAUUAACCUAAAAUACAUACAUUAGUGAUCAAUCAUUGUGAAGAGUAAAUAAUAUUUUAUAGCGGUAUUUUCCAGAAUGACAGAAAAAGCAAAAACCAUGAGUCACGUUAAACAUAUUCCAAAAGAUGCGCAAGUUAUAAUGUCUAUUAUGAAAGAUAUGGGAAUCUCGGAUUAUGAACCGAAGGUUAUAAAUCAAUUACUUGAAUUCACCUAUCGUUAUGUUACUUGUAUAUUAGACGACAGUAGAAUUUAUGCGAACCAUGCUAAAAAGAAAUUUAUUGAUUUGGACGACGUUAGAUUGGCAGUCAAGAUGCAGUUAGAGCGCACCUUUACGAAUCCACCACCUAGAGACGUGUUGUUAGAUGUUGCUCGAGCAAAGAACAAUAUACCACUUCCAUUCGUUAAACCAAGUAAUGGUUUGAGAUUACCUCCUGAUCGAUACUGUUUAAAUGCAACAAAUUAUAAGCUCAAAAAUAUCACAAAGAAAGUGGUUGGGAAGCCAUUGCAUUCUUUAGUCGGAAAUAAUAUUCAAGGCGGUCAAUCUAAAAUUAAGGUAGAAGGCAAUAAGACUGGCCUUUCAAUCGUUAAAAGACCUGGAACGCUUGCAACAGUAGCUAGAACUCAAACUAUUUCAAUGCCAAAGCCUAUUCCGAAGUUUUCAACAGCGACAACAGGAGCAGCUACCGUAAAAGCACAAGUGGCUAAGCCAAAGAUUCAAAUUUCGUCAGGUCAGACAAUGCCACCUGUUAAAGUAGAAGUAGAAGAUUCAAUGAAAAGAAAGAGGGAAGAUGAUGAUUAUGACGUACCAUAACAAUAAAUGAUAAAUACUGAAUGUUUUAUUUUAUGCUUUUAAUGUACAAAAAAAUAUCGCAACCUUUUUAAUUUAUAAUUCGCAAUGGUGUGUAAUUUGAACUGCACCUAUAAACAAAAUUAUAUAUUUUUAAAGUAAUAUGUAAAUACGUCUUUCUUAAUUCGGCUUUACUAUGUUUUAUGCAUAUUUUUUUGUUAGAACAAUGAUGGACAAAGUACCCGUCUUUUGUAAUUCGCAAAUUAUCGGUGCCUCGUUGUUCUAGGAAAGCAAUUUUCUGUUACAAUAUUCUUUAUUUAGAUAUUUGCCAUGUUCAGUACAAUAAUGAAUCUUAAAUAAACUUCAGUUCGAGUU